AUGAAGGCUGGACUCUUUCUCCUUGCCGCCGUGACCUCGGUCACAGCACACGCCACAUGGCAAGAGCUGUGGGUUGGGACGGAGGACAAAGCCUCGACCUGUGUGCGGACCGUCAAGGACAACUCUCCCAUCGCUGGCGUCACUGAUGCCGCGAUGGCCUGCGGCCGUAGCCCUGCAACCUCUUCCGGAAUCUGUGAGGUCAAAGCUGGCUCCAGCCUGACCGUCGAGAUGCAUCAGCAGCCUGGUGAUAGGUCGUGCAGCAACCCGGCAAUCGGAGGAAACCACUACGGCCCGGUGAUGGUGUACAUGGCCAAAGUCAGCGACGCCAAGACGGCCGACGGCUCACAGGCAAGCUUCUUCAAGGUUGCUGAGGAUGGAUACACUGGCACGACUGCUUCGUGGGGAACUGAGAUCCUCAACGCAAACUGUGGCAAGCGAGCCUUCACCGGUACGAUUCGCCUCCCCCGUUCAAACACGUCAGGAAACCCACGACUAACAAUCUACAAGUCCCUGCCAGCAUCGCACCCGGGAACUACCUGGUCCGAGCCGAAGCAAUUGCCCUCCACGCUGGCGCAGGAAACCCUCAACCCAGGCGUCAAGUUCCCCGGGGCGUACAAGACCAGCGACGCCUUGUUCUCGACCGCUAUAUACGACGCCAACUUCAAGUACACUAGUGUGGGCCCUGCCGUUUACACUGGUUGA